AUGUCGACUGCUGAGGCUGUGCCGAAGAUGCACAAGGCCUGUGUCUAUGACCAGCCCGGCACAUGCUCCAUUGCGAUUCGCGAUGUUCCCACACCCAAGCCAGGACCAAAUGAAGUGCUCAUUAAGUUGACGCACUCUGGAAUCUGCCAUUCUGAUUACGCAAUAAUGAUGAACACUUGGAGACAGCUACCAGUCCCAACACAGACAGGCCAAAUAGGUGGACAUGAGGGCUUAGGCCACAUAGUGAAGCUCGGCGAGGGCUCCGAGAAAUUGGGUGUGAAAAUUGGUGAUCGAGUGGGUGUCAAAUGGGUCGCCUCUGCAUGUUUAGCAUGCCCGCCGUGUACCGAAAGCCUCGAAGGCUAUUGCUUCAAUCAGAAGGUUAGCGGAUACUACACGCCGGGCACAUUCCAAGAAUAUGUCAUUGGUCCAGCCAACUAUGUAACUCCCGUCCCAGAGUCGCUCUCAGGUGAAGUCGGUGCACCUAUGCUCUGUGCAGGACUAACAACGUGGUACGUAUCAAAACCUACCGUGCCGGUUCUGGGAGCUGGACUUGGUAGAAUGAUCUAUCGUCUUCCAGAGCUAACUGUUACCGCAGUAUGUGAACUUUUGAUCCAGAACAUGAUCAAUAUUAUCUGCGUAAUUCUAGAAUACUCGGCACUCCUUAAAUGUGGCGCGAGCCCAGGUCAGUGGGUCGUGAUAUCCGGCGCAGGCGGUGGUCUCGGCACGACGGCAGUGAGCUUAGCGGCCCGAGGCAUGGGCUACCGCGUCAUCGGCAUCGACAUGCCAGGCAAGAAACAAGACGUAUUAGACUCUGGGGCAGAGCAUUUCAUAGAUGUGACGCAGUUCGAUGAUGCUACUAUCGGAAAAGAGGUCAAGAGGCUGACAGGCCUCGGGGCUAAGGCUGUGAUUGUGUGUGCGAAUAGCAACAAGGCAUAUGGACAGGCUGUUUCUAUGCUCCGAUUUGGCGGUUCCUUGGUUUGCGUUGGCAUGCCAGAAGGCGAGCAGGUGUCUAUUGCCAACGCGUACCCCUCAUCCAUGAUUAUGGCUGGCCAUAAUAUCGUGGUGUCGGCUGUGGGAAACCGCCGCGAAGCUAUUGACGUAAUGGAGAUGGCUGCGCGCGGCGUUGUCAAGUUCCCUGUGCGGACCGUCAGCAUGAGUGAGCUGCAGUCUGUUUUCGAGGAAAUGAGCCAAGCCAAAGUCACAGGACGAGUUGUGAUAGACUUUUCUGCUGCCUGA